GUUGACCAUGUAAAAAGGUUUUUGGCUUUCUCUUUUCAAUGGUAGUAGCACGUGCUUCGUGCUCCCGCGGUUGCCAUAGACGCUGGAUAAGCCAAUCAAGGACGGCGUCCUGGUUUACAGAGAACGCAAACCGCAGUUUUCCGAUUAUAAAUUUUCACCCAACUUUUUUUAGCAGCGAGAUCCGGGAUUCUGCAGUCACGCUGAACGUUAAUCUGACAGCGUGUGACACCAGCGGAAAAGCUACAGCCCAGAGCCCAUCUAUAUAAGUUGAGACAAUUCUCCAAGGCAGUGUCCAUGGUAUCGAUACCAGUGGCCCCAAUUUGUGUAACGAAUUGGCUGAUACGGUGUGAUAGAGGACGCGAUACCAGCUGGGAGGCGUUUGCCGGACUUCUUCAUCCGUAUAUGUGAACAAUCAAAGAACAGUGAAGUAUGCCACAAAGAUUCUUACAAGGCAACUUUAAUACAGCACGUUUAAGGAUCAUAUGAAAUUUGCCGGCCACAAAAAUGGUGUUAAAUAUUUGGCAUAAACCAAAGCAGGAGAGCGUGACUUACUUUUUAACCAGUAACAAAACACCUUAAGCGCCUAAGGAAAAAAAAAAAAACUUGAAUAAAGAGACAUUUUCAUCCAGCAACCUACAUUAAGAAGAUAGAAAAGGGCCGUCAAUAAGAACAUGGACGCCAACUCCUCUUGCGACGAUAUGAAAAACGUCUCCUCUUCUUCCCAGGACGCAGGCGAUAUUUUUGCCUUCGUGGUUGACACUGUCUUUGUGGGGAGCAUCAGCUUUGGUGGAAUACUAGUAAACGCGUUCACGUUCCUCGUACUGUGGAGUAAAAGGAGACAAUCUACCACGUUCUACUUUUUACUUGCGUUAGCCGUGGCAGACAGCCUCUACCUGGUGCAUUGCCUUCUUUUCCAGGUUUUCCGAUCCAUCUAUCCGCACACUGGGAAUUUCAAAGAGUAUUUCGACGCCUGGCCUUAUAUAGAGCCGUAUGAGUAUCCAUUUGGUAUGAUGUCCCUUACGGCCUCCAUUUGGCUGGUAUCACUUAUGGCGUUUGACCGUUGCCUGCACUUACGGUUCCCCUUCCUGUUCCAGAAACACAACGUCUUCCGUCACACAAAAAUAGAGUUCCUGAUACUAGUCAUUCUAGACGUUGGGAUGAACAGUGCCUGGUUUUUCAGGCAACGGACAGUAGAGACUUGGAACGCCUGUGAAAACGUUACGCGCGUAGAGAUAAUCCCGUAUGCUAUCGGAGAAUCUCGCAGUGGACGUCUGGCCCACACAGUGGUCUUUCUCACGUUCGUUUACGGCCUCCCCCUCACCGUGAUGACGCUUGCCAAUGUGCUGCUGAUUUUCGUCCUGCGAAGUCAUUCCGAGUUCCACAAAGCGUUGAUCGAUAAAACAUCUACGACGAAAUCCCGCAAACCGAAUGGGAAAUCUCCGUCUAAGUCCGGCAAACUGUUUCAAAAAAAUUCGUUGAAGUCCUCCAGCGGCUACGUCCAAGGGGAACGCCGCAUCACCGCAAUGCUGGUUGUGAUGAUAAUAAUAUACUUGGUCUGCCAAACUCCGGUAUUUGUGAAUCACAUACUCUACGCUCUAGAAGGCAAGGUCGAUCUGGGCCCGAAUCACAGGUACUUCAAUGUCAUAACAAAUGCAAUGGUCGCUCUGAACUCUGCCACAAACUUCUUCGUGUAUCUCAUCUUUGUUAAGGGGUUUCGAAAACGAUCUCGUGACGCCAUUGCCUCUUUGUGUCGUACUUUACGCUCGCCUGUGACGUCAUGCAAAUAUGGCCGACCGAAUUCCAACACUGAAAUAACUGAAACUAUGGAGGAGAGUCAUUCUCAUUUUCCAAUUAUGAGUGACAGUGAAGACAGGGAGGGACACUCUGUCCAACUGACCGCGAAAAAUGAAAACCCUGAUAGGGAGGUGCAUUUGACAUUGUUAAAAUCUGAUGAGAUAAAACUCUAAUGUACAGAUAUUUGGAAAAUAGUAGCUGGUGGCUUGUGUCCCGUUCAAAUAGGGGCGAAUACAUUGUUAGGAAGCAUUCUGGUUUCUUAUCUG